AUGGGCCGCUGGCCGCUGGGGUUAGCCAAGCUCUCCAUUAGUAUCCCGGCUGCCGCAUUUAACUCGCUGAAUUCGUUAACUCGUUCAAAACAACUCGCCAACGUCAUUGCCAAAGAAGUUGCCGCGCGUCCUCGCAACCGAGGGGCUCGAGUCAACACACCCACUCCGCCACUCAAUUGCUCAACCUCCCACUCCACCAUGCCAGACAAGGACGACGUGAACCAGCCUCUCCUCAAGGAUGAGGCAUCUGCAGACCUCGACCGAGAGGCCCUCGUGCCCCCUCGUCAACCCCGAAGGUUACUGCGGUGGCUCGCCGCCGCCAUCGUUGCGUUUGUGGUCAUCGAGGCGGCUGUGGUGAACCAUGUGCGUCCGGACAGUGCCAGCCUGGCGGGAAACCUCAAUACAUGUGCUCCACCCGAUGCUGUGAGCAUCAAGGCCCCGCGAACCAACCUGUGGAAGAACCUCAGCGUCAAGGAAGCUGUCGACCUCAAGAAGUGGCUGUCGGAUCCGGCUCGCAGCCUGAACCUGACCGACUCAGAACUAGCUCUCGACACUGACAACUUUAUUCAUCUGGUCGAGAAUUACCCUCCUCCCAAAGCAUCUGCGCUGGCCCAUCUCCACGACCCAAAGGAAGUGGUCGACCGCUAUGCUCGUGCCAUCAUCAACCACGGUCCUGCCGAGAAGAUUGUCGACUAUCUCGUCGGCCCUCUCCCACCCUCCAACAAGACGACUAUUCGGCCACUGACGGAAAUCUACCACGCGCCCAUCCCACACAAUGCGCGCACAACGUUCAACUACGCCGUGCUGGCCGAGAUGAUCGUGGACAUGCUCAGCCCCGUGGACGACAUCACGCGCGACCUGUUCAACGUCUCUGCGCUGGACGGCACCGUCAGCGUCUCGGCGACCAUGCCUCUUUCGUAUGACGGCACUUGGCGCAGGACGUGGGUCCAGCUCAAGCGAAACGUCCCUGGUGGAUGGCUGCAUCCAUUGGACUUCAACUUCCUCGUUGACAUGACGGGCACCGACGUGUCAAAGUACCACAUCCUGGUAUACGUCCACAACGGCAAGAUGUACCGUGGUGUGGACGAGCUUCGGGCGGCAUUUGAGCGCGGUGAGCUGCGCCGCAUGGAGGACUGGGACGGCUCGGACUGGGCCACACGCGCCAUCAAGGGCAAGCGGCGGGACCUGGACGACCGCGCGGGACCACGCACUGUUCAGUCGGACGGCGCCCGCUACCGCGCCGACGUGGAUGAGGGCUACGUCACAUGGAUGGGCUGGUCAAUGUACCUCAGCUUUGAGCGGGACAUGGGUCUGCACCUAUGGGACAUCCGGUUCAAGGACGAGCGUAUCAUUUACGAGCUAGCGCCACAGGAGGCCAUGGCGCAGUACUCGGGUUCCGACCCGCACCAGGCCUCGACGGUCUGGCUGGACCGCGCGUUUGGCAUGGGGGGUAAUGUCCGCGAAGUCAUUCUCGGGUACGACUGUCCGCACCAUGCCUUGCUCUUGAACGCUACCGUUCACGAAAUGGGGUCGUCGAACCGCCGCAAUGCCAUUUGCGUCUUUGAGCGCGAGGCUGGCCGGCCGCUCUCCCGCCACACUGGCAAGGCCAAGAACGAGAUGGGUGCCGUCAAGGGCUACGAGUUGGUUGUUCGCACAGUCUCGACAGUGGGCAACUAUGACUAUAUCUUUGACCAGGUGUUCGGCCUGGACGGAACCAUCGAGGUCCGCGUCAGUGCCUCUGGAUACCUCCAAGGCGGUGUCUGGAACGACAAGCAAGCGCCAUACGGCCACCAGCUUCGUCCAGGAUCCAUGGGAAGCCUCCACGACCAUAUAAUCAACUACAAGAUCGACUUUGACGUCUUGGGCACCAACAACUCGUUUAUGAAGGUCAGCCUGGAGCAAGAGAAGCUCGCCGAGGAGUGGUUCGAGGUCGACGGCUGGGGCCCUGUCACGCAGACCAAGAUUGUGCGAACCCACGUCGAGGAAGAGGCGCUCUUCCAGUACCCGGCCAACAUGGAGGGAGCGUAUGUCGUCGUCAAUGAGGAUGAGCACAACGCUUGGGGUAACCCGCGCGGAUACGCUCUACACCCAGGACCACUGUGUCGCCUGACCAACCUCGACGCCAAGCGGACGGAAAACUCGGUCAACUGGGCCAAGCACCACCUCGCCGUGUCUCGGCGGCACGACAACGAGCCGUCGUCCUCGUCGAUGUGGAACGGCAAUCUCCCCGGCGCCCCGCCAGUCAACUUUUACAAGUUUUUCAACAACGAGUCGCUCGCACAGCAAGACCUCGUCGUGUGGGUCAACCUCGGCACACACCACCUUCCUCGCGCCGAGGACGCGCCGAAUACGCUCACCAACGUGGCCACGAGCUACAUUUUGCUCGUGCCGUGGAACUUUAACGACAAUGACGCCAGUCUCGACUCGCGCAACUCUGUGCUUCUUAACAAUGACGGCAAGGCGUGGAAGAUUGAGGAAGCUGCUCGUCAGCCACACUGUGUGGUCCCACCAGAGCCGCGUCUGACGUAUACUGGCCUCGAGGCCUGGAGGGACGAUGGAACUCCGUAUAGUCCGGUAGAGAUCGGCGAGCUUCGGACCCAUGGUGAGUCGGAUGGGGUGCGACGAGUAACGAAGGCACACGCUUGGAACCGGGGAAGAUGGCGAACUGAGGGUCGUGAAGGGUCGACGACCAACGGCGCUGGCGAUGUGGCGCUGGACGAUACCGAUUCCAGUACCCAACACGGCCAGCGCCAAGCCAGAGUCGUUCGCAAGCGAUUGGAAGCGAGAGGAAACGGUUACUGA